AUGGAGAUCUAUGGCAACGCCAGCACCUUCAACCUCGAGAACGUGCUACGCCAGAACAUCACGGCAUGCGAGUACUACCGAAGGGACUGCACCGCACUGGCAGACUGGCAGUCUGUGAUCGACGAGAUCUACAAUGCAGUGGAGGACGUUGAGCCAUGGAUUGGCGGCAAUGCGCGGGGCCCCUCGUCCGCGUUCUGCCUCCUGCACCGGCUGUUCACGCUGCGGAUGUCGAUUGAGGAGGUGUCGGCCACGCUGAACCACGCAGACUCACCCUUCAUCCGCGCGAUUGGGUUCCUGUACCUGCGCUAUGUGUGCGACCCCCGCAACCUGUGGAACUGGUUUGAGGGAUACGUUGAGGACAAGGAGGAAUUCAAGCCAUCCCGCUGGGCCCCCGCUGUCACAAUUGGCGAUUUUGUGAGGGACCUGCUGCUGGACCAGUACUACUUUGAGACCAUCUUCCCUCGCAUCCCCAAGAAGCCGAGGGACCGCGAGGAGCGCGUGAAGGGGCGCGACGAGCGCGACAAGGAGCGGGACUAUGGGCGGGAGCGGUACAGCAGCCGCGAGCGGGAGCGGGAGCCGGACAGGAGCCGUGGGGAUUACGGCCGGGAGCGGUACAGCAGCCGCGAACAGGAGCGGGAGCCGGACAGGAGCCGUGGGGAAUACGGCCGCAGCGAUAAGGACAGGGACAGGGAUUACGACCGCCGCGGCGCCGGGUACAGCGGCCGCGAGCGCCCCGCGUCGCCGUACGAGCGGCCACCGCGCUCACCCUACUCGCGGCGCCCGAGCAGCCGCAGCCCGCGCCGCGACUAUGACCGCAGCGGCGAGCGGGAGCGCGAGCGUCGCUCGCCGGCGCGGCGCUACAGCCGCUCGCGCAGCCGCAGCCCGCGGCGGGGGGGCGGCGGCGGCGGCGGCGGCGGCAGCGGGCGCGACGCCCGGGACGUUUUCAAGGACUCGGCGGCGGACCUGGGGGCUGCAGGGGACGUGCGGUCGCGCUACGGCGACGCCAGCGGCAGCCGGCUGUUUGAGGAGCGCGGCAGCGGAGGUUCCAGGGGCCGCACGAGCGAGGAGGUGUACAGGCUGGGGUCGCGCAAGGGCGGCGGCUACCGUUAG